GCAAAAUAGCGCCCGCCUCCCCGAGCUCAGAGAGCACAGAUGAUGGUAUACCAGAUGGGACCCCGCAGACCGAGAUCCUGACGCAAAGACGAACAGAAUUGGCAACUAUUUCAGACAGCAUGCUCACCAGAGCACACUCCGAAGUGCUUAUUCAGGAGUUCUGUCCGGCAAUGAGAGAGGAGCUGGCGGGCCUGCGUUCGGACCUGACCACCCUUGACACACGUGUAGAGGCCUCAGUGGCACAGAUCUGCCAACAGAGGCACAGAGCAACAGAAAUAGCGGCAACACACCAAGGCAACAUGUUGCUUACCCUCAGAAGACAGGUUGAGGACCUGGAGAACCGCAGCAG